AUGUGGUUUGUUCCCGUGGGUGAGAGCGCUGGGGCCGAUGGUGGUGAUGAAGCCGCCGAUGAAGAUCCUGCCGAUGGCAAUGAAGGCCCCGAUCACACGGAGCCGUGGGAAACCGGCGCCAGUCAUGAUCAUGAGGACUGGGCUGGCGAGGAGGAGUGGGCUCCCGAUGAGGAGCCAUGGGUUCCCAAUGGUGAUGAAGACGUUAAUCAAGCCGAGCACUUGGGUGAGAGUUGGGCUGCUGACGAUGAGCAGCAGUUGUCUGCCCAGGACGAGCCAUGGCCUGCCGAUGAUCCCAGUCACCAGGCGGAGCCGUGGAAAGCUUCCGAUGAUGACGGCCCCGAUGAGGAGCAGUGGAAAGCUGCCGAUGAUGAAGGCUCCUAUGAGGAGCAGUGGGAAGCUGCCGAUGAUGAAGGCCCCGAUCACGAUGAGGAGCAGUGGGAAGCUGCCGAUGAUCACGCCCCCGAUGAGGAGCAGUGGAAAGCUGCCGAUGAUGAAGGCCCGGAUGAGGAGCAGUGGAAAGCUGCCGAUGAUGAAGGCCCCAAUCACGAGGAGCAGUGGAAAGCUGCCGAUGAGCAAGGCCCCAAUCCCACCGACAUGUACCCCACGUGGCCAAGGGCCCCGAUCACAAACGUGACCCAGGAGUAUCCUACGAAGGCCGACCGAGAGCGUCUCGAUGUUUGGUGGUCCAAGUACAAGACAAACCCAGCCCAGGACAUGGCACUCUGGCUCGACGCAGCCACCGAUGAGGAGUGCCCGAAGAUCCCGGCCAAGACUGCCAAUGAUGAGGCAGGCGGAGAGGAGAGGCCGUGCAUCAUGGCAAGCCAGCUGAUCGCACCCGCGACCUUUCAGAAGUUGGACAAGGGCAUGCGUUUCGCGGAGCGACAGCACAGGUGGAACAACAGUGAGGAGAGAAAGCAGGUGCUGCAGGGAAUGGACAUCAAUGAGAUGAAGCGUCGCGAUCCGAAACGCCAAAAGGUCAAGGAUGCCAACCGGUUGGCUAGACGGGUUGCAUAUUUGCGGAUCGAAUAUCAACACCGAUCUGGGUCCUACUACAUCCUCGAAAAUCCCACUGGCUCCAUGCUGUUCGAGUAUCCGUGCAUAAAGGCGAGAUUGCCAGCCCACAAUGCCAAAUCCAUAAACCUUUGCCUCGGAGCCGUGGGAGCUCCGUCGAGAAAGUGUGUUACGCUAUGGGGCACUGCGCCGUUUCUGAACAAGCUCUACGAACAACUGUCCGGCACAAGGAGGAACCAGCUGCGUCGUAUCCAAUCCUUCCUCAAGAUGGACAUAAUCCGUGGAUAUGUCGAUGAGCACGGCCGUGCUCGCCGAGUCGCUGAUCUACUGGAUGAACAUUUCAAGACCCUGAAGCCAACACCUGUUGUCAACGAGCUGGAUAUGGAGCUUAUGGACAGCAGUGAUACUUCAAGCUCCGAUUCUGGCCUCGAGGACCUGGCUCAGAAGUUGCCUCGGAACCCAAAUUAUUAUGCACUCGGUGUGUUCGCCAUGCACAUCCGGUAUGAACAGGCGAAUAGCGUGUAUCAGCGUGUAUCGGCUGUUAGCAAAGCCCAAAAAGGAUCUAAGAGUGCUGCCGGCGGGGAUGCAUCGGCUCCUGAGUCGAUUGAUUUGUCCAUCGAAACCCAGCCACGGCAUUACACGUAUGUCGGGAAGAUGGUCGAUUCAAAUGGUGCCGCUGUAAAUCCUGGGAAAGGAAAGCUGGCAAAGGGUGGUGGCAAAACCCAUGGAAAGGAUGGUGCCAAUGGUGCUGGCACAGCCGCUGGGAAGGCUGGUGGCAAAAGUCCCGGAAAGGAUGCUGGCAAAAGCCCUGGAAAGGAUGGUGGCAAAAGCCCAGGAAAGGGUGGUGGCAAAUCCCCAGAAAAGGGUGGUGGCAAAACCCCCGGAAAGGAUGGGGGCAAAACCCCCGGAAAGGAUGGUGGCAAAUCCCCGGGAAAGGAUGGUGGCAACACGGAUGGAAAGGCUGGUGGCAAAAGCCUUGGAAAGGAUGCUGGCAAAUCCCCCGGAAAGGCUGGUGGCAAAUCCCCUGGAAAGGAUGCUGGCAAAUCCCCCGGAAAGGAUGGUGGCAAAUUCUUUGGAAAGGAUGCUGGCAAAACCCCCGGAAAGGAUAGUGGCAAAUCCGCUGGAAAGGAUGGCGGCAAAACCCCCGGAAAGGAUGGUGGCAAAUCCCCUGGAAAGGAUGGCGGCAAAACCCCCGGAAAGGAUGGUGGCAAAUCCCUUGGAAAGGAUGGCGGCAAAACCACGGGAAAGGAUGGUGGCAAAUCCCCUGGAAAGGAUGGCGGCAAAACCCCUGGAAAGGAUGAGGCUCAGACCGGUGGCAUGAAGGGUGCCAAAGGCGGGAAGCAGGGCAAAACCAAGAGUCCGGAGGCCAGUGAGCCAGGAUCUGGCAAAGGUAACAAAGGCAAGGGCAAGACCAAGGCCGUUUCCAAGGAGGCAUCCGCACCGGAGGGCAAAGGCACAGUGAAGAUUGGAUGGGCUCUAUCUGGCCCCGCAGACAUCCCGCUCCAGCAACGCAAGGCCCUGAACGAGAAGCUCCGUAGGCGCAUGAACAAUGGCCAAGGCCUACGCAAGGGCUUGGUGGCUCAAUGGGCUGCAACCCCGCCAGGCUCCAUGGCCCGGUUCGAAUUUCUGAAGGCUUUCCUCUUGGACAAGGACAUGUCUAGCAUCGUAGUCUCGCCUUACUACGAGGAGCUUUCCGAGGCCAAAGAGAAAGAAAUCUUCGAAGAGCUGCCAUUGUGCAUGAUCAAAGAAAUUUACGAGAAGGUGGAGGGAGGUAAGAAGUUUCUUGCCGAGCUGAUGCAGAGUCAGGGCGCCGGGAAGAAGCACCCACAAUCCGAUGAUGAAAACAUGCGGCUGUAUAAGCUCUUCAAGUCGAACACUAUCAGCAGUGCCUGGGCAGGAUCAUAUCCACUUACAAAGUGUGUGCUAGUUCCCUCCGGCCCGGUGACCCUCUAUGAUAUAGUAUUGUGCCAAGAUGCGAACAUCAACAGAGUCGGCAACAAGACGACGGCCAGCGUGGAGGCCUCGACCAACAAGGCAGAGAGAGCUGCUAUCGCAGAGACGAUUCAAGGAAAGGUCGCAGGGAUGCACAAAAGUGCCUUGACACCGGCGCCCAAGAAAGGGGAUGGAAAGAACAAACGCAAAAAGGAACUUACACCGGAGGAGAUUGCGAAAAAGGCUUUCGAUAAGGACUUGCAAUCGAUCCAGCAGAUGAUCUUCGCAUCGACGCCUUUCGAUGAGUGCGAGCGGUGCAUGCUUUAUUACAAGGAAAACGAGCUAAAGGGUAAGGCAUCUGAGAAGAGAAAGCGCGAGAAAGCUGAAGAAGAACAGAAGAAGAAACAGCAGGAGGCCGACGGCCAGCAGGAUCCGGAUGAGUAUGCUGAAGUGCAAGAGGAGGAGGACGCUGAGAUGGAAGGACAGGAAGAAUGGCCGGAGGAUGUGUAUGAUGCAGAUGCUGAUGAAAACGCAGCCCCUGCUGCCAAGCGCCACCGAUCCUAG